GAGGACUUAGGAGGGCAGGUGGGAAAAGGAGGGUGGUUCAGAACAAAAUAAUAGUUCCCAUCUCCCUAUUAUGGGCCAUAGUCAUGGCUAAGCACAGGAAAACUCACUGGGGAGCUGAGGCCUUGUAUGAAUACCUGAGCCAAGGGAUCGUGGCUUGGAAUUUAUACACCACCACUGAACAGGUAACGCAGCAAUGUGAGAUUUGUUUCCAGAAUAAUCCUAGAACAGGCCCCAGGGUCCCGUUGGACAAAUAGGGAAGGCAAAUUAUCCUGGGCAACAAUGGCAAAUUGAUUUCUCUGAACUCCCAAGAAAAGAGGAGUAUAGGUAUAUGUUGAUAUUAACAGACACCUUUACAGGUUGGCCAGAGGCUUUUCCCUUUCAGAACCAACAAAGUGCAGGAAGUAACUAAAGUGUUGUUACAAGAGAUAAUUCCAAGAUUUGGGGUUCCAGAACAUCAUAUAUAUAUAUGAUAUAUAUGUUUCUUCUGAAGGUCUAAACAACCAGGUGGAAGUUAUGAGACGAGGAAACAGUGUAAGAUAUACCGAAAGAUGGAAAGUGGGGGGCAUAUUUUCAUAAAUCCUUAGGAGAGAAUGGUAUUGCUAGAUUAUAGAAAAGGGGGGAAUUGAUGUGGAACAUACUUGUUUAGAAUUGUUUUAGAAUGGCAUUUCACUUAAUUUUGAACUAGGCAAGGGAGUGUAGAGCGAACAAAGGCAAAACAAAUGCUACAGGGAGGGAUGUUGACAGGGGGUGAGCGAGGAAUGCAGCCUUAUCUCUCUUAUGUACCUCUCUUAUACCUGCUUUAUAACUACUUUGUAGUUAUACAGUUUGAUUUCCAUAAGUCAGAACCAUCUCUCAAUACUAAAAUUUGUCCCAAGCCAACGCAGCCAUCUGUUUGGAACUACACCUUAAGUUUCCUGGAAAGCCCUGGGUUUAGUAUUAUGUGAAGACUGUCCACUUCUCAAAUUUGGUUUUAGAAGAAGAGGUUACAGGGCCUCCUGAUCUAAUGCUUAUUUUUUUCAGUCAUAACUUCUGGAAAUUUUAAACAUGAAGACAACCAUGAAGGUGUAAAUAACAAAAACAAACAAACAAAAAACAACUGGAUAUAUACAUAUAUAUGUAUAUACUUAGAGGACUCUGUGGGCUAUUUUGGUGCUGGUUGAUUAUGAUUUUUUGUGUUGUUUGUUCGUUGUCUUUUGUUUUGUUUUUUUUUGAAACACUCCAUUGUAGCAUGGGCUCACACAGUAAGAUGCGAGGAAAGGAAAAAUAAAGACAUAGCAGUAGACUGUAGACACCUCUGCUGUAUUUUGAGAUUAUGAAUUUUCUGUAUAUUUAUGGAUUGUUCAGGUUAGUUUCACAAUACUGUUUCAUUUCAGCAACGACAUAUAGUUCCAGUUUCUUUAGACCAGAGGUGAGGGCCUUCUUAACCUUCAGUUGAUUCUGGCCUGACAGGACUGUAUCAAACUCAGUGUCACAUUACAGGCUCUCCUGGGCGCACCUCGAAAGCUUUCUGUUAUCUCAUGAUGAAAAACCCUUCUCCUUCUCUGGACAGCACUUUGCAUUUGUGCCCAAUUGGUGCACAUUUUGCAUUUGUGUUCCCAGUAAUGUGUGCACAGCUGCUAGUCACGUCAGAGGCUGUUUGCAUCAUUUGUCACUUCUCUGGGAUUUCUCUGUCACAUAACCAGGCUUUUGUCAUCUCUCCUCUAAUCUGCUCAUCCCUUUUCUGAGUGAACCACUUUUAUUCCCAACUGAUGCACUCAGCAGACUUUAUCUGCCGUGGAAUCUUCUGCUAAAGACACACAAACGUUGAAGUUUUAUGGUUCUGAUUUUGGUAAAAGCUGAAAUGUUUGUCUGGAAUUAUUUCUGAAUGUGUGUUUUGUCGUUUUAGACCUCAAACCAGAAAUCAAACAUGCUUUAUGUUUUGUUGUUGUAAAUUAAUAUUUUCCAACUGCUGAUACGUUGUUUUUUUUCUUUCUUUGUAGCGAUCCACAGUGUAUACAAAUCCUUGCCUGUUAUCAUUCCUGUCCCUUAAAUAGUUUUAAGCAUGGAGCAGUUCGUUUUUUUUUCUGAAUUAAAAGUAAUAUCCUGGACACCAUCUAGAAAUAUCUGAGUAUUAGAACCAGAAUUUUACCAACCUCAGUUUUAUUUAGAUAAUAGUGCUUUUUAUUUAGUAUAUCAAAAAGGUAAAUGAUCCCAGUGUGGAGUAGGACCAAAUCUGCUCAUCUAUAUACUGCUAAGAGAAUUCAUUAGCACCAUUUGCGUCAAUGAGAAGAGAAACAUCUUCAGUGAGGCAGUGUGCUUUCAGAAGGCAAAGAGUUAGAAAAAAUGAGGUGUGCUUAACAAUUAGAGAGUUAUAGCCAAGUGUUUUAAAAAAAGGUAGGUUUCAGAGUUGCUUUCAGGGGCUUAUGUCAUAUAUGCUAUAGGAAAAAAAAGGUUUAAAAGAAAGCUAUGCAAAGUGGCAUUUCAUGCCAUGGUUUCCCAACGUAGUAGUGCAGUGCUUGACCUGUAACUUAAAAUCCAAACCCAAGACUUGGCACUUGUGGAAGAGCAGAUGGGCGAUCAGGGCAGUGAUGCAGAGCACCUGGGUGAGCAGCAGUGGGACUGACCUGCAGGGUGACCUGGCAGCUGUGUAUUUUAACUUGUGAACUGGUCUACAGCUAAGAGGAAAGCUCAGCUGCCUAUCUUCCACAUUCAUGUAGAAUUGUAUUUAAAAAAUAGCAUGGAUGAAAAAUUGAUUUAAAAAUCUGAAUCUGAUACUUAGGUAACGCGAAAGACAGUUAAUUAUCUAUUAAUACAUCCAAGAGUUUGAUAUAUCCUGUUUGCAAGUACUUGGGGAAAUCUGACCCGUUGUCCAAUAGCUAGCCAAGUACUUGGAUUAAAUUCAAGAAGUUCUACCAAUUUCAGUAAAAAUAAGUGACUUUUGACUUCAAACAAAGGUUUAGUGCCUUGGUAGUGAUAAGUCGGAAAAACUGUCUAUGCUUUGUGUUAGAACUCUGCAUAACUCAGGAUCAGGCCUUGGGCAACCUGUGGGUGUCCCUGUUCAAUGCUGAGGGGUUGGACUAGAUGACCUUCAAAGGUCCCUUCCAACUCUAAGGAUUCUGUGAUUCUAUAACUCUUUGUACCUACACACGUGUGCAUGCAGUUUCUGAAGCCAGUGUGAAGUACCAGGCACCAGAAUUCAGCUUAAUCUUUUUAUUUAUCAAUUCAGAAUAAACUGUCUCAUUAACAGUAAAACUUCUAAAAACAGUCUUAGUUCUUUCUGUGUAUUGGUAGCUCUUCUGGAGCUCUUCUGCUCAAUGACUUUUAGAAAGUUUUUUAAUAUAAACACUGAAGAUGAAUUUGAGUUUAAUAGAUAGGUCAAGAAAUUCAAUUACUAUAAAGACAGAAAAGAACUAACACUGUAAUUAGGAUCUGAAAAGCAGAGUAAGUACCAAAUAAAUUGAUUUACUGCCAGAGAGAAGUAAGUAUGAUGCUGCUUCCUUGAAAGCCCAAAUAUCUUUUCAUGGCAAACUUGUAAUAAUGAAGGUUAAAGGAGAAGUUUAAAGGUCAGGUAAAAUGUCUCUGAAAAAAACACCAGUGUAAUUCUUGCAGGUACGGAGAUACAGUGUUGUGUUGUGGUAUAAAUCUGACUUUUUAAAUAGCAGAAAGUUGGGAGCGGGUUGUUUUUUCUGUGUUGUUGUUUGGUUGUUUUUUUUAAAUAUUGGUCAUGGCAAGAAGUGCAUCUGUGUUACAACUGUAAGUUAUAGAAUGUAUUUCAAUCAUUCUCUUUUCUCAAGAUGAAUUAUUUUCUUCUUCUUUUAUUUUCAGAAGGGCAGAAAGCUUCAUACAUCUUAAAUAGAAACAUGCAGCUUGCAAAGCUUGGAAAACUUUGUAAGCUGGUUACAUACAGUCAACAGUGCACAGGGGAUGCAGACUAUAAACUGUUAUGUGCUUUGUCCCCCAAAUGGAGAGUUUUUGUUAAUGAGUUGAUGUAUAUGUUCUAUGUAGAGUUGUGCACUGUGUCCAAGUAUGGCUUCCUCUAGCAUCAGGCACAGGAUCAGCCAUAGCUGGAGUGCAGGACUGGAUGAGCUUUGAAUCUGACAUGAAUUGAAGCAUUUUACGGUGUGAGGGCUGUGGAGCAGGGCUUUAAUGUGCACAAGUAAUGACUUAUUUCUAGACCUGUUUCUUAUAGUAGCAUCUCUAAUGCAUGACCUUUGUUUGAAUGCUUAGUUCAAACAGAUAUUUUCUAUCAUACAGCAAGAUUGCUCCAGUACUUUUUUGUGAUUAUGAUAAGUCAGAAGAGGCUCUAAGAUGUCAGCUUUUAAUAUGUACCUACUUAUAUCUACUUUCUUUUUUUUUUUGCAUAGAAGUAAUUUAAAAAUGUUUCAGAAAUUUUAUUUGCCUAAACGUGUUAUUUUUGAAGUAACUGUAAAAAAUCUUAGCUUCUUUUUGAAAUAACUUAGUAUUCAGACUAAGAUGCAUAUGUUGAAUUUCAGCCCUAAGUGUAUCCCAACAGGCAAAACCAUAAGAGCUACAGGAAAAUAGCUGUGUUUUUGUAAUGGAAAUAUCAGCUCAACCUGAACAGUUUAUGACAUAGAUAUAUUAAUAGAUUUAUAAUUCAUAUGAGUUUAUGAGAGCUCAUCAAUAGAGCUCAUCUACUUUAUAUUCAGAGUACAACAAAAUUGUUUUCUUCUAACAGAUAAGCUGUAUGUUCAGAAUGUGCGCUUCCUUAACUGGUGAUUUUGGAGCCAAGCUCAUUAAAUGAAAAUGUGCAGUGUAUAUCUUUGAGAUUUAUUUUGUUUGUUCUUUUUCUCAUAGGAACACUGAGAAGUAGGAAAAUACUACAAAGUGAAGACAAAACACGUCUGACGAGAGCUGAUCUCUGCUUUCAUUGUUUUUUAAACUUUGUGUUAAUAACUGCUUAGUGUCACAUAGCCUCUGUAAUCUGCUGUGCUAAAAUUAUUAGUUUAAAGCUGGAAAAAAUGAAACAAUUGAAAAGAAAAAGAAAAAGUAAUUUUAGUGUUCAGGAAACUCAAACUCUCCUUAAGGAAAUCAGAAAAAGGAGAGAAGUGCUCUUUUCGAAGCAACUUAAUACAACAAUUAAUGAGAUGAAACGGAAAGCGUGGGAGGAAAUAGCAGAGUGUGUGAAUGCUGUGGGUGAAGGUGAGCAGAGAACUGGGACAGAAGUGAAAAGGCGAUACCUCGACUGGAGAGCGCUCAUGAAGAGAAAACGUCUGAAUGCAAACAUCAAGGCAGUAGGUGCAGGGUUUCACCUUCCUUCAUCCGACUUAGAUGACUCUCUCAAUGAAGAUAUGGAUGACAAAAUGGGGUUUGCAAAUGAAUCUAGUUUUGAAUGGCAGAACAUCACUGACUUCAGAGAAGCAGGUGGGUCUUUAACAGAAAUUAAAGUAGAAGAAGAAGAGGAGGAUCCACAAAAUUUUGAAUUUCCUAUUGAGGAAGAAGAAAUUUUUUCAUCGGUUUUGCCGGAUUCAAAAAAAGAAAAUGACCUACCAGAUUUCACCCACAUUGAGGAGUUUGGAAAUCUAAGUUCUGCUCAAGCUAGAUUAGCCUAUGAAGAUUCACACUUGCUUAUAAAUCUAGAGAAGCAGAAGGUGGAGCUGGAGAAGCAGCGAUUAGAUAUUGAAGCUGAACGGUUGCAAGUGGAGAAGGAACGCCUGCAAAUUGAAAAAGAACGGCUGCGGCACAUUGACCUGGAGCAUGAGAGACUUCAGCUGGAGAAGGAGCGACUUCAAAUCGAGCGGGAGAAACUGAGGCUAGAGACUCUGCGUGCUGAGAAACCUGCCCUGGAAAAUGACCUCACCCAAUCGGAAAAACCCAUCAUACAGCCCUUGGAUCUAGAAACUGAAAAGCUGAAACUUGAAAAGGAACGCUUGCAGUUAGAGAAAGAAAGGUUGCAGUUCUUAAAGUUUGAGUCAGAGAAGCUGCAGAUUGAGAAGGAGCGCUUGCAAGUGGAGAAAGAGCGCCUCCGAAUUCAGAGAGAGGGUCUCUUGCAGUGAGCUUCUCAACUGGAGUGUUAAUACUAGUGUUCUGUUGUUGUGUAAGAUAUAGGCAGUUCUUUUCCUGAUGCUGAAACUGUUGUAAAGGUCUAACGUUCUGUUCAGAGUUGAAUGUUGAUGUUGAACUUUAAUAAAGGAGAAAAAAAUAAUGGUGCUCAGUAAGUCAGUGUGCCUGUGUAAAUACGCUUAUAUAUUAAAUUGCUUUUCACUGUAUCAGAA